UAGACCUACCCUUUCGCAUGUCCAACCAUUCUGCAUCGCCCGGAGUAACAGCCACGCAGACUAGAAAAAAAGGCAACACGCACUCUCUAAGGGGAGAGAGUGAGAAGGGAGGGGAGAGAGAAAAACGCCCUGGAAACGGAGGGAGACUCGGGUUGAUAGAGAAAGACAAGUAUUCUAGAAGUGAGAAAGAACUUUUGAUUGGGAAGAAGAAGACGUGCUUUUAUCGACUGCUGGGACAGCAGGAGGGGAAGAGAACACUGCCAAAGAUGCUCAAGUUGCUGUGUUGAAGUUGUUGCAGCUCAGACUGCUCAGACAAACAGGAAGCAAAAAAAGACACAGCCCUUGGCCUUGCUUGAGCAAUCCAAAUAAAACCAAGGCAGAAACUGACCACACCAGAGCAUAGGCAAAGGACAAGGAAAAACAAAGGAUGGCCGAAGAGGAGGAAACCAGGGAGGUGCUCUUCUCUGACUGGUCGGGUCCAGAGAAACAGGGAAUGACCCUUGAGCAGUCAGGUGAAGGAGAGAUCUAUGUCAAAGAGGUGAAAAUGGAGUCGCCUGCUGGACGCACUGGAAGAGUACACGAGGGUGAUCAAAUUGUGGGUGCCACCAUCUACUUUGACAACAUGAGUUCCGAGGAGACAGCGGAGCUCCUUAAGACCUUAAACAAACACAAGGUUGGACUGAAACUACAGAACAAGGACAAGUCACCAUGCCGCUCCCCCAUGGGCACUCUGUCACCCUGCCGAUCCCCAAUGGGAACACUGUCGUAUGAAGGGAAGGGAAGGUUUGGAGGCUCCAGCCAAGACAGUAUCCUGAGUGGGGAUGAUGAAGAUUACAAGCGAAUAUAUUCCAAGAAGAUUAAGCCCCGACUGAAGUCUGAGGAUCUGGCUGAGGGCGUGGACGUCCAUACGGAGCGCCACAGCAGCACCAGCACUGAUGGCAGCACGAUCACCACUAUCACCCGUCGCAUCACUACCUACUCUGUAGACAUGCCAGGGGGUGUGGACGAGCAGCUUGAGCUCACCGGCACAGAGUUCAAAGGGAAACGAUACGAGCAGUCAGAAGGGGACAGUUCGUCUCAAAUCCGAGUUUUACACGGAAGCGGAAGCUCUUCAGGUAUAGGAGGUGGAUUGGAGGGGGGUGAUUUUGAACUAGGAGGUGAUGGGGUUUCCUUCACUGGGCCGCAUGUAACUAGCUCUUCUGAGAAGCACUGGAGCACUGGAGGGGUGAAGACCACCACUGUUACGAGGGAGAUAGAGGGGGGAGAUGGUGGAGCAGCAGGGAUCAGAUUCAAAGGACCUAGCUUUGGAAUGUCGGGGGUGAAGGGUCAGCAGGGAGACGGGAGAUUUCAGGUUUCAGGUGACUCAGCUGACUACCAGGCAGGAUCAGUCAAUGUCACGGUCCCUGGAAGAACAACAAAUAUUUCCUCCAGCUCCAUAGCAAUGGGUAAAGGGGAGGUGAGAGGAGUAGACGUUAAUUUGCCUGGUAGAGGCAGUGCAGACUGGCAGGGUAGGGUCGGAGGUUCAGUACCGGGAAUAACCAUUAGUGAUCAACAGAUGAAAGCGUCUGGGAGCGUAGGUCACUCCGGAGGCAACCAGGGUGGGGUUUCCUUACCCAGCAUGCCAGGCAUUGAUACAGGGUUGAAUGGAGACAAGAUAUCAAAAGACAUAAGAGCGCCAAAACUUGACAUCAAUACCCCAGGCAUAAAGGAGUCUGGCUCAGUGAAAAUGUCUGUAAAAGGACCGUCAGUAAAAGGAACAACCAUUGAAAAUGAAAGCAAACUUAAAGGUGGCAUCAAAAUGCCAUCAUUGGGACUGAACACUGCAGGUACAGAAAGCGAUGGAGAUGUUAAACUACCGAAAGUGAAGUGUAGUGUAGAUGUUUCGGUUCCUGGAGUAGAUGUAGAUGUAUCAGGCCCAUCUAUGAAUGUUAAAGAAGGAAAGAAGAUAGGUGGUAUUGAUAUCAAAACACCUAAAGUAGACAUUAAAGUUUCAGGUGUUGAUGUUCAUGAUCCAGAAGGCGGUUUCAAGAUACCCAAAGUAAAGAUGCCAUCAUUUGGAAUCAAAGGAGCGGGACGUGAGGGUCCUGAUGUCGAUGUCAACCUACCAAAAACUGACAUUGGCAUCAAGGCUCCCAAAGUAGAAAUUGAAGGUCCAGAACUUUACAUUGAAGGCCCAGAUGGUAAAAUCAAAGGGUCAAAAUUCAAGAUGCCGACAAUAUCAGGACCAACAAUCUCAAUGCCUGACGUGGACUUCAAUCUGAAAGGUCCAAAGAUGAAAGGAGAUUUUGAUGUGUCAGGGCCCAAGAUAGAAGGAGACCUCAAAUCACCCAAAGUAGACAUUGAAGGUCCAGAUGUUGACAUUGAAGGUUCAGGAGGAUUUAAGAUGCCAAAGAUGAAGAUGCCAUCAUUUGGAAUCAAAGGAACUAAACGGGAGGGAGAUGUGGAUGUCAAACUACCUAAAGGUGACAUCGAAAUAAAGGGACCUAAUGUUAACAUCAAAGGUCCAGAACUUGACAUCGAAGGCCCUGAUGGAAAAAUCAAGGGCCCACAAUUCAAGAUGCCAUCAAUGUCAGGACCAAAGAUCCCAAUGCCUGAUAUGGACAUCAAUCUUAAAGGGCCAAAGCUAAAGGGUGAUGUCAAUGUGUCAGUGCAAAAGAUAAAAGGAGAUACAACAGCUCCCAAAGUAGACAUUGAAGGUCCAGAUGUUGACAUCAAGGCUCCCAAAGUUGACAUUAAAGGUCCAUCAAUAUCAGGACCAAAGGGCUCCAUGCCCGAUGUGGACUUCAAUCUGAAAGGUCCAAAGAUGAAGGGAGAUUUCGAUGUGUCAGGGCCCAAGAUAGAAGGAGAUCUCAAAGCACCCAAAGUAGAGAUAGAAGGGCCAGAUCUUGACAUUGAAGGUUCAGGAGGAUUUAAGAUGCCAAAGAUGAAGAUGCCAUCAUUUGGAUUCAAAGGUCCUAAAUUGGAGGGUCCAGAAGUUGAUGUUAACCUGCCAAAAGCUGAUAUAGACCUCAAAGCGCCCAAAUUAGACAUUAAAGGUCCAGAACUUGACAUUGAAGGCCCUGAUGGUAACAUCAAAGGGCCAAAAUUCAAGAUGCCGUCAAUGUCAGGACCAAAGGUCUCCAUGCCUGAUGUGGACUUCAAUCUGAAAGGCCCAAUGGUGAAGGGAGAUUUCGAUGUGUCAGGGCCCAAGAUAGAAGGAGACCUCAAAGCACCCAAAGUAGAGAUAGAGGGGCCAGAUCUUGACAUUGAAGGCUCAGGAGGAUUUAAGAUGCCAAAGAUGAAGAUGCCAUCAUUUGGUUUCAAAGGACCUAAAUUGGAGGAACCAGAUGUUGAUGUUAACCUAAAAAGAGCUGAUAUAGACAUCAAAGCACCCAAAGUGGACAUUAAAGCUCCGGAACUUGACAUUGAAGGUCCCGAUGGUAAUAUCAAAGGGCCGAAAUUCAAGAUGCCGUCAAUGUCAGGACCAAAGAUCUCCAUGCCUGAUGUGGACUUCAAUCUGAAAGGUCCAAAGAUGAAGGGAGAUUUCGAUGUGUCAGGAGACCUCAAAGCACCCAAAGUGGAGAUAGAAGGGCCAGAUCUUGACAUUGAAGGUUCAGGAGGAUUUAAGAUGCCAAAGAUGAAGAUGCCAUCAUUUGGAUUCAAAGGACCUAAAUUGGAGGGUCCAGAUGUUGAUGUUAACCUACCAAGAGCUGAUAUUGACAUCAAAGCGCCCAAAGUGGACAUUAAAGGUCCGGAACUUGACAUUGAAGGCCCUGAUGGUAAAAUCAAAGGGCCGAAAUUCAAGAUGCCGUCAAUGUCAGGACCAAAGAUCUCCAUGCCCGAUGUGGACUUCAAUCUGAAAGGUCCAAAGAUGAAGGGAGAUUUCGAUGUGUCAGAGCCCAAGAUAGAAGGAGACCUCAAAGCACCCAAAGUAGAGAUAGAAGGGCCAGAUCUUGACAUUGAAGGUUCAGGAGGAUUUAAGAUGCCAAAGAUGAAGAUGCCAUCAUUUGGAUUCAAAGGACCUAAAUUGGAGGGUCCAGAUGUUGAUGUUAACCUACCAAGAGCUGAUAUUGACAUCAAAGCGCCCAAAGUGGACAUUAAAGGUCCGGAACUUGACAUUGAAGGCCCUGAUGGUAAAAUCAAAGGGCCGAAAUUCAAGAUGCCGUCAAUGUCAGGACCAAAGAUCUCCAUGCCCGAUGUGGACUUCAAUCUGAAAGGUCCAAAGAUGAAGGGAGAUUUCGAUGUGUCAGAGCCCAAGAUAGAAGGAGACCUCAAAGCACCCAAAGUAGAGAUAGAAGGGCCAGAUCUUGACAUUGAAGGUUCAGGAGGAUUUAAGAUGCCAAAGAUGAAGAUGCCAUCAUUUGGAUUCAAAGGACCUAAAUUUGAGGGACCAGAUGUUGAUGUUAACCUACCAAAAGCUGAUAUAGACAUCAAAGCGCCCAAAGUGGACAUUAAAGGUCCGGAACUUGACAUUGAAGGCCCUGAUGGUAAAAUCAAAGGGCCGAAAUUCAAGAUGCCGUCAAUGUCAGGACCAAAGAUCUCCAUGCCUGAUGUGGACUUCAAUCUGAAAGGCCCAGAGGUGAAGGGAGAUUUUGAUAUGUCAGGAGACCUUAAAGCACCCAAAGUAGACAUUGAAGGUCCAGAUCUUGACAUUGAAGCACCCAAAGUAGAGAUAGAAGGGCCAGAUCUUGACGUUGACGGUUCAGGAGGAUUUAAGAUGCCAAAGAUGAAGAUGCCAUCAUUUGGAUUCAAAGGACCUAAAUUGGAGGGACCAGAUGUUGAUGUUAACCUUCCAAAAGCUGAUAUUGACAUCAAAGCUCCCAAAGUGGACAUUAAAGGUCCCGAACUUGACAUUGAAGGCCAGGACGGUAAAAUCAAAGGGCCGAAAUUCAAGAUGCCUUCAAUGUCAGGACCAAAGAUUCCAUGCCCGAUGUGACUUCAAUCUAAAGUCCAAAUGAAGGGAAUUUUUUACAAGAGACAUCUCAUGCCAGAUGUGGACUUCAAUCUGAAAGGUCCAAAGAUGAAGGGAGAUUUUGAUGUGUCAGGAGACCUUAAAGCACCGAAAGUAGAGAUAGAAGGGCCAGAUCUUGACAUUGAAGGUUCAGGAGGAUUUAAGAUGCCAAAGAUGAAAAUGCCAUCAUUUGGAUUCAAAGGACCUAAAUUGGAGGGACCAGAUGUUGAUGUUAACCUACCAAAAGCUAAUAUAGACAUCAAAGCGCCCAAAGUGGACAUUAAAGGUCCGGAACUUGACAUUGAAGGCCCUGAUGGUAAAAUCAAAGGGCCGAAAUUCAAGAUGCCGUCAAUGUCAGGACCAAAGAUCUCCAUGCCUGAUGUGGACUUCAAUCUGGAAGGCCCAAAGGUGAAGGGAGAUUUUGAUAUGUCAGGAGACCUUAAAGCACCCAAAGUAGACAUUGAAGGUCCAGAUCUUGACAUUGAAGGCCCUGAUGGUAAAAUCAAAGGGCCGAAAUUCAAGAUGCCGUCAAUGUCAGGACCAAAGAUCUCCAUGCCCGAUGUGGACUUCAAUCUGAAAGGUCCAAAGAUGAAGGGAGAUUUCGAUGUGUCAGGGCCCAAGAUAGAAGGAGACCUCAAAGCACCCAAAGUAGAGAUAGAAGGGCCAGAUCUUGACAUUGAAGGUUCAGGAGGAUUUAAGAUGCCAAAGAUGAAGAUGCCAUCAUUUGGAUUCAAAGGACCUAAAUUGGAGGGACCAGAUGUUGAUGUUAACCUACCAAAAGCUAAUAUAGACAUCAAAGCACCCAAAGCUGACAUUAAAGGUCCGGAACUUGACAUUGAAGGUCCUGAUGGUAAAAUCAAAGGGCCGAAAUUCAAGAUGCCGUCAAUGUCAGGACCAAAGAUGUCCAUGCCCGAUUUGGACUUCAAUCUGAAAGGUCCAAAGAUGAAGGGAGAUUUCGAUAUGUCAGGAGACCUUAAAGCACCCAAAGUAGACAUUGAAGGUCCAGAUCUUGACAUUGAAGGUCCAGAUGGAAAAAUCAAAGGGAAAAAAUUCAAGAUGCCAUCAAUUUCAGGACCGAAGAUCUCCAUGCCUGAUGUGGAUUUCAACCUAAAAGGUCCAAAGAUGAAAGGAGAUUUGGAUAUGUCAGGGCCCAAGAUAGAAGGAGACCUUAAAGCACCCAAAGUAGAGAUAGAAGGGCCAGAUCUUGACAUUGAAGGUUCAGGAGGAUUUAAGAUGCCAAAGAUGAAGAUGCCAUCAUUUGGAUUCAAAGGACCUAAAUUGGAGGGUCCAGAUGUUGAUGUUAACCUACCAAGAGCAGAUAUUGACAUCAAAACUCCCAAAGUGGACAUUAAAGGUCCGGAACUUGACAUUGAAGGCCAUGAUGGUAAAAUCAAAGGGACGAAAUUCAAGAUGCCGUCAAUGUCAGGACCAAAGAUCUCCAUGCCUGAUGUGGACUUCAAUCUGAAAGGCCCAAAGGUGAAGGGAGAUUUUGAUAUUUCAGGAGACCUUAAAGCACCCAAAGUAGACAUUGAAGGUCCAGAUCUUGACAUUGAAGGUCCAGAUGGAAAAAUCAAAGGGCCAAAAUUCAAGAUGCCAUCAAUUUCAGGACCGAAGAUCUCCAUGCCUGAUGUGGAUUUCAACCUAAAAGGUCCAAAGAUGAAAGGAGAUUUGGAUAUGUCAGGGCCCAAGAUAGAAGGAGACCUUAAAGCACCCAAAGUAGAGAUAGAAGGGCCAGAUCUUGACAUUGAAGGUUCAGGAGGAUUUAAGAUGCCAAAGAUGAAGAUGCCAUCAUUUGGAUUCAAAGGACCUAAAUUGGAGGGUCCAGAUGUUGAUGUUAACCUACCAAGAGCAGAUAUUGACAUCAAAACUCCCAAAGUGGACAUUAAAGGUCCGGAACUUGACAUUGAAGGCCCUGAUGGUAAAAUCAAAGGGCCGAAAUUCAAGAUGCCGUCAAUGUCAGGACCAAAGAUCUCCAUGCCCGAUGUGGACUUCAAUCUCAAAGGUCCAAAGAUGAAGGGAGAUUUCGAUGUGUCAGGGCCCAAGAUAGAAGGAGACCUCAAAGCACCCAAAGUAGAGAUAGAAGGGCCAGAUCUUGACAUUGAAGGCCCUGAUGGUAAAAUCAAAGGGCCGAAAUUCAAGAUGCCGUCAAUGUCAGGACCAAAGAUGUCCAUGCCAGAUGUAGACUUCAAUCUGAAAGGUCCAAAGACGAAGGGAGAUUUUGAUGUGUCAGGAGACCUUAAAGCACCCAAAGUAGAAAUAGAAGGGCCAGAUCUUGACAUUGAAUGUUCAGGAGGAUUUAAGAUGCCAAAGAUGAAGAUGCCAUCAUUUGGAUUCAAAGGACCUAAAUUGGAGGGUCCAGAUGUUGAUGUUAACCUACCAAAAGCUGAUAUAGACAUCAACGCGCCCAAAGUGGACAUUAAAGGUCCGGAACUUGACAUUGAAGGCCCUGAUGGUAAAAUCAAAGGGCCGAAAUUCAAGAUGCCGUCAAUGUCAGGACCAAAGAUCUCCAUGCCCGAUGUGGACUUCAAUCUGAAAGGUCCAAAGAUGAAGGGAGAUUCCGAUGUGUCAGGAGACCUUAAAGCACCCAAAGUAGACAUUGAAGGUCCAGAUCUUGACAUUGAAGGUCCAGAUGGAAAAAUCAAAGGGACAAAAUUCAAGAUGCCAUCAAUUUCAGGACCGAAGAUCUCCAUGCCUGAUGUGGAUUUCAACCUAAAAGGUCCAAAGAUGAAAGGAGAUUUGGAUAUGUCAGGGCCCAAGAUAGAAGGAGACCUUAAAGCACCCAAAGUAGAGAUAGAAGGGCCAGAUCUUGACGUUGAAGGUUCAGGAGGAUUUAAGAUGCCAAAGAUGAAGAUGCCAUCAUUUGGAUUCAAAGGACCUAAAUUGGAGGGUCCAGAUGUUGAUGUUAAUCUACCAAGAGCAGAUAUUGAGAUCAAAACACCCAAAGUGGACAUUAAAGGUCCGGAACUUGACAUUGAAGGCCCUGAUGGUAAAAUCAAAGGGCCGAAAUUCAAGAUGCCGUCAAUGUCAGGACCAAAGAUCUCCAUGCCCGAUGUGGACUUCAAUCUCAAAGGUCCAAAGAUGAAGGGAGAUUUCGAUGUGUCAGGGCCCAAGAUAGAAGGAGACCUCAAAGCACCCAAAGUAGAAAUAGAAGGGCCAGAUCUUGACAUUGAAGGUUCAGGAGGAUUUAAGAUGCCAAAGAUGAAGAUGCCAUCAUUUGGAUUCAAAGGACCUAAAUUGGAGGGUCCAGAUGUUGAUGUUAACCUACCAAAAGCUGAUAUAGACAUCAACGCGCCCAAAGUGGACAUUAAAGGUCCGGAACUUGACAUUGAAGGCCCUGAUGGUAAAAUCAAAGGGCCGAAAUUCAAGAUGCCGUCAAUGUCAGGACCAAAGAUGUCCAUGCCCGAUGUGGACUUCAAUCUGAAAGGUCCAAAGAUGAAGGGAAAUUUCGAUGUGUCAGGAGACCUUAAAGCACCCAAAGUAGACAUUGAAGGUCCAGAUCUUGACAUUGAAGGUCCAGAUGGAAAAAUAAAAGGGACAAAAUUCAAGAUGCCAUCAAUUUCAGGACCGAAGAUCUCCAUGCCUGAUGUGGAUUUCAACCUAAAAGGUCCAAAGAUGAAAGGAGAUUUGGAUAUGUCAGGGCCCAAGAUAGAAGGAGACCUCCAAGCACCCAAAGUAGAGAUAGAAGGGCCAGAUCUUGACAUUGAAGGUUCAGGAGGAUUUAAGAUGCCAAAGAUGAAGAUGCCAUCAUUUGGAUUCAAAGGACCUAAAUUGGAGGGUCCAGAUGUUGAUGUUAACCUACCAAGAGCUGAUAUAGACAUCAAAUCUCCCAAAGGGGACAUUAAAGGUCCAGAACUUGAAAUUGAAGGCCCUGAUGGUAAAAUCAAAGGGCCGAAAUUCAAGAUGCCGUCAAUGUCAGGACCAAAGAUCUCCAUGCCUGAUGUGGACUUCAAUCUGAAAGGCCCAAAGGUGAAGGGAGAUUUUGAUAUUUCAGGAGACCUUAAAGCACCCAAAGUAGACAUUGAAGGUCCAGAUCUUGACAUUGAAGCACCCAAAGUAGAGAUAGAAGGGCCAGAUCUUGACGUUGAAGGUUCAGGAGGAUUUAAGAUGCCAAAGAUGAAGAUGCCAUCAUUUGGAUUCAAAGGACCUAAAUUGGAGGGUCCAGAUGUUGAUGUUAAUCUACCAAGAGCAGAUAUUGACAUCAAAACUCCCAAAGUGGACAUUAAAGGUCCGGAACUUGACAUUGAAGGCCCUGAUGGUAAAAUCAAAGGGCCGAAAUUCAAGAUGCCGUCAAUGUCAGGACCAAAGAUCUCCAUGCCCGAUGUGGACUUCAAUCUCAAAGGUCCAAAGAUGAAGGGAGAUUUUGAUGUGUCAGGCCCAAGUGGAGACCUCAAAGCACCCAAAGUAGAGAUAGAAGGGCCAGAUCUUGACAUUGAAGCACCCAAAGUAGAGAUAGAAGGGCCAGAUCUUGACAUUGAAGGUUCAGGAGGAUUUAAGAUGCCAAAGAUGAAGAUGCCAUCAUUUGGAUUCAAAGGGCCUAAAUUGGAGGGACCAGAUGUUGAUGUUAACCUACCAAAAGCUGAUAUAGACAUCAAAGCACCCAAAGUGGACAUUAAAGGUCCGGAACUUGACAUUGAAGGCCCAGAUGGAAAAAUCAAAGGGCCGAAAUUCAAGAUGCCGUCAAUGUCAGGACCAAAGAUCUCCAUGCCCGAUGUGGACUUCAAUCUGAAAGGUCCAAAGAUGAAGGGAGAUUUCGAUGUGUCAGGGCUCAAGAUUGAAGGAGACCUCAAAGCACCCAAAGUAGAGAUAGAAGGGCCAGAUCUUGACAUUGAAGGUUCAGGAGGAUUUAAGAUUCCAAAGUUGAAGAUGCCAUCAUUUGGAUUCAAAGGACCUAAAUUUGAGGGACCAGAUGUUGAUGUUAACCUACCAAGAGCUGAUAUAGACAUCAAAUCUCCCAAAGGGGACAUUAAAGGUCCAGAACUUGAAAUUGCAGGCCCUGAUGGUAAAAUCAAAGGGCCGAAAUUCAAGAUGCCGUCAAUGUCAGGACCAAAUAUCUCCAUGCCUGAUGUGGACUUCAAUCUGAAAGGCCCAAAGGUGAAGGGAGAUUUUGAUAUUUCAGGAGACCUUAAAGCACCCAAAGUAGACAUUGAAGGUCCAGUUCUUGACAUUGAAGGUCCAGAUGGAAAAAUCAAAGGGCCAAAAUUCAAGAUGCCAUCAAUUUCAGGACCGAAGAUCUCCAUGCCUGAUGUGGAUUUCAACCUAAAAGGUCCAAAGAUGAAAGGAGAUUUGGAUAUGUCAGGGCCCAAGAUAGAAGGAGACCUUAAAGCACCCAAAGUAGAGAUAGAAGGGCCAGAUCUUGACGUUGAAGGUUCAGGAGGAUUUAAGAUGCCAAAGAUGAAGAUGCCAUCAUUUGGAUUCAAAGGACCUAAAUUGGAGGGUCCAGAUGUUGAUGUUAAUCUACCAAGAGCAGAUAUUGACAUCAAAACUCCCAAAGUGGACAUUAAAGGUCCGGAACUUGACAUUGAAGGUCCUGAUGGUAAAAUCAAAGGGCCGAAAUUCAAGAUGCCGUCAAUGUCAGGACCAAAGAUUUCCAUGCCAGAUGUAGAUUUCAAUCUGAAAGGUCCAAAGAUGAAGGGAGAUUUUGAUGUGUCAGGAGACCUCAAAGCACCCAAAGUAGAGAUAGAAGGGCCAGAUCUUGACAUUGAAGGUUCAGGAGGAUUUAAGAUGCCAAAGAUGAAGAUGCCAUCAUUUGGAUUCAAAGGACCUAAAUUGGAGGGUCCAGAUGUUGAUGUUAACCUGCCAAAAGCUGAUAUAGACAUCAACGCACCCAAAGUGGACAUUAAAGGUCCGGAACUUGACAUUGAAGGCCCUGAUGGUAAAAUCAAAGGGCCGAAAUUCAAGAUGCCGUCAAUGUCAGGACCAAAGAUCUCCAUGCCCGAUGUGGACUUCAAUCUGAAAGGUCCAAAGAUGAAGGGAGAUUUCGAUGUGUCAGGAGACCUUAAAGCACCCAAAGUAGACAUUGAAGGUCCAGAUCUUGACAUUGAAGGUCCAGAUGGAAAAAUAAAAGGGACAAAAUUCAAGAUGCCAUCAAUUUCAGGACCGAAGAUCUCCAUGCCUGAUGUGGAUUUCAACCUAAAAGGUCCAAAGAUGAAAGGAGAUUUGGAUAUGUCAGGGCCCAUGAUAGAAGGAGACCUCCAAGCACCCAAAGUAGAGAUAGAAGGGCCAGAUCUUGACAUUGAAGGUUCAGGAGGAUUUAAGAUGCCAAAGAUGAAGAUGCCAUCAUUUGGAUUCAAAGGACCUAAAUUGGAGGGUCCAGAUGUUGAUGUUAACCUACCAAGAGCUGAUAUAGACAUCAAAUCUCCCAAAGGGGACAUUAAAGGUCCAGAACUUGAAAUUGAAGGCCCUGAUGGUAAAAUCAAAGGGACAAAAUUCAAGAUGCCAUCAAUUUCAGGACCGAAGAUCUCCAUGCCUGAUGUGGAUUUCAACCUAAAAGGUGCAAAGAUGAAGGGAGACGUAGACAUGUCUGUGCCAAUGAUUGAAGGUGACCUGAAAUCACCCAAAGUAGAUAUUGAAGGUCCAGAUGCUGACAUUGAAGGUUCAGUAGGAUUUAAGAUGCCAAAGAUGAAGAUGCCCUCUAUGUCUGGCCCCAAAAUAUCAAUGCCUGAUAUUGAUUUCAAUCUCAAAGGGCCAAAGUUAAAAGGGGGAGUUGAGGGAGAUAUCAGUACACCCAAAGCUGAAUUUGAUGGAUUGGAUGUCUCAAUUGAGAGUCCUGACAUUACACCAAAGAAGUCUAAGUUCAAAAUGCCAAAGUUUGGAUUCGGAGGGCCAAAAAUCAAGUCUCCUGAGGUUGAUGUAAAUCUAGCAAAAGCAGAUAUUAAUGUCAAAGGACCGAAAGUUAGUGUUUCAGACCUUGAGCUUGAUGUUGGGGCUACCAGCCCUAAGGUCAAAGGAUCCAAAUUCAAAAUGCCAAAAUUUGGAUUCAGAAGCCCGAAGGUAGAGAUACCAGAUAUAGAUAUUAACAUACCCAAAGCUGAUGUUGGCAUUAAGGGACCCAAUGUUGACAUUAAAGUUCCGGAAAUUGACAUUGAAUGCCCUGAUGGCAAAAUCAAGGGCCCAAAUUACAAGAUGCCAUCAAUAUCAGGACCAAAGAUCUCUAUGCCUGAUAUGGACUUUAACCUGAAAGGUCCAAAGAUAAAGGGAGAUGUGGACAUGUCUGUGCCAAUGAUUGAAGGAGAUCUCAAAGCACCCAAAGUAGAUAUUGAAGGUCCAGAUGUUGACAUUGAAGGUUCAGGAGGAUUUAAGAUGCCAAAGAUAAAGAUGCCAUCCUUUGGAUUCAAAGGACCUAACCUGGAGGGGCCAGAUGUUGAUCUCAACCUUCCUCAAGCUGACAUUGAUAUUAAGGGCCCCAAUGUUGACAUCAAAGGUCCAGAACUGGACAUUGAAGGCCCAGAUGGUAAAAUCAAGGGGCCAAAAUUCAAGAUGCCAUCAAUAACUGGACCAAAUAUCUCCAUGCCUGAUAUGGACUUCAACCUGAAAGGUCCAAAGAUGAAGGGAGAUGUUGAUAUGUCAGGAGACCUCAAAGCACCCAAAGUAGACAUUAAAGGUCCAGAUGUUGACAUCGAAGGUUCAGGAGGAUUUAAGAUGCCAAAGAUGAAGAUGCCAUCCUUUGGAUUCAAAGGACCUAACCUGGAGGGUCCGGAUGUCGAUCUCAACCUACCUAAAGCUGACAUUAACGUUGAAGGUCCAGAAAUUGACAUAGAAGGCUAUGAUGGUAAAAUCAGAGGGCCAAAAUUCAAGAUGCCUUCAAUGUCAGGACCAAAGUUAUCAAUGCCAGAUAUGGAUUUCAACCUGAAAGGUCCAAAGGUAAAGGGAGAUUUUGAUGUGUCAGUCCCCAAGAUCGAAGGAGACCUCAAAGCACCCAAAAUGGACAUUCAAGGUCCAGAUGUUGACAUUGAAGGUUCAGGAGGAUUUAAGAUGCCAAAGAUGAAGAUGCCAUUCUUUGGAUUUAAAGGACCCAACCUGGAGGGGCCUGAUGUUGAUAUCAACCUUCCUGAAGCUGACAUUGAUAUUAAGGGUCCCAAUGUUGACAUCAAAGGCCCAGAACUGGACAUUGAAGGCCCAGAUGGUAAAAUCAAGGGGCCAACAUUUAAGAUGCCAUCAAUAACUGGACCAAAGAUCUCCAUGCCUGAUAUGGACUUCAACCUGAAAGGUCCAAAGAUGAAGGGAGAUGUUGAUAUGUCAGGAGACCUCAAAGCACCCAAAAUAGACAAUAAAGGUCCAGAUGUUGACAUCGAAGGUUCAGGAGGAUUUAAGAUGCCAAAGAUGAAGAUGCCAUCCUUUGGAUUCAAAGGACCUAACCUGGAGGGGCCAGAUGUUGAUAUCAACCUUCCUAAAGCUGACAUUGAUAUUAAGGGGCCCAAUGUUGACAUCAAAGGUCCAGAACUGGACAUUGAAGGUCCAGAUGGUAAAAUCAGAGGGCCAAAAUUCAAGAUGCCUUCAAUGUCAGGACCAAAGUUAUCAAUGCCAGAUAUGGAUUUCAACCUGAAAGGUCCAAAGGUAAAGGGAGAUUUUGAUGUGUCAGUCCCGAAGAUCGAGGGAGACCUCAAAGGACCCAAAAUAGAUAUUGAAGGUCCAGAUGUUGACAUUGAAGGUUCAGGAGGAUUUAAGAUGCCAAAGAUGAAGAUGCCGUCCUUUGGAUUCAAAGGACCCAAACUGGAGGGGCCAGAUGUUGAUAUCAACCUUCCUAAAGCUGACAUUGAUAUUAAGGGUCCCAAUGUUGACAUCAAAGGUCCAGACCUGGACAUUGAAGGCCCAGAUGGUAAAAUCAAAGGGCCAAAAUUCAAGAUGCCUUCAAUGUCAGGACCAAAGUUAUCAAUGCCAGAUAUGGAUUUCAACCUGAAAGGUCCAAAGGUAAAGGGAGAUUUUGAUGUGUCAGUCCCGAAGAUCGAGGGAGACCUCAAAGCACCCAAAAUAGAUAUUGAAGGUCCAGAUGUUGACAUUGAAGGUUCAGGAGGAUUUAAGAUGCCAAAGAUGAAGAUGCCAUCCUUUGGAUUUAAAGGACCCAAACUGGAGGGGCCAGAUGUUGAUGUCAACCUUCCUAAAGCUGACAUUGAUAUUAAGGGUCCCAAUGUUGACAUCAAAGGUCCAGACCUGGACAUUGAAGGCCCAGAUGGUAAAAUCAAAGGGCCAAAAUUCAAGAUGCCUUCAAUGUCAGGACCAAAGUUAUCAAUGCCAGAUAUGGAUUUCAACCUGAAAGGUCCAAAGGUAAAGGGAGAUUUUGAUGUGUCAGUCCCGAAGAUCGAGGGAGACCUCAAAGCACCCAAAAUAGAUAUUGAAGGUCCAGAUGUUGACAUUGAAGGUUCAGGAGGAUUUAAGAUGCCAAAGAUGAAGAUGCCAUCCUUUGGAUUCAAAGUACCCAAACUGGAGGGGCCAGAUGUUGAUGUCAACCUUCCUAAAGCUGACAUUGAUAUUAAGGGUCCCAAUGUUGACAUCAAAGGUCCAGACCUGGACAUUGAAGGCCCAGAUGGUAAAAUCAAAGGGCCAAAAUUCAAGAUGCCAUCCAUAUCAGGACCAAAUAUCUCAAUGCCUGAUAUGGACUUCAACCUGAAAGGUCCAAAGAUGAAGGGAGAUGUUGAUAUGUCAGGAGACCUCAAAGCACCCAAAGUAGACAUUAAAGGUCCAGAUGUUGACAUCGAAGGUUCAGGAGGAUUUAAGAUGCCAAAGAUGAAAAUGCCAUCCUUUGGAUUCAAAGGACCCAACCUGGAGGGUCUGGAUGUCGAUCUCAACCUACCUAAAGCUGACAUUAACGUUGAAGGUCCAGAAAUUGACAUUGAAGGCUAUGAUGGUAAAAUCAAAGGACCAAAAUUCAAGAUGCCUUCAAUGUCAGGACCAAAGAUAUCAAUGCCGGAUAUGGAUUUCAACCUGAAAGGUCCAAAGGUAAAGGGAGAUUUUGAUGUGUCAGUCCCGAAGAUCGAGGGAGACCUCAAAGCACCCAAAAUGGACAUUCAAGGUCCAGAUGUUGACAUUGAAGGUUCAGGAGGAUUUAAGAUGCCAAAGAUGAAGAUGCCAUCCUUUGGAUUCAAAGGACCCAAACUGGAGGGGCCAGAUGUUGAUGUCAACCUUCCUAAAGCUGACAUUGAUAUUAAGGGUCCCAAUGUUGACAUCAAAGGUCCAGACCUGGACAUUGAAGGCCCAGAUGGUAAAAUCAAAGGGCCAAAAUUCAAGAUGCCAUCCAUAUCAGGACCAAAUAUCUCAAUGCCUGAAAUGGACUUCAACCUGAAAGGUCCAAAGAUGAAGGGAGAUGUUGAUAUGUCAGGAGACCUCAAAGCACCCAAAGUAGACAUUAAAGGUCCAGAUGUUGACAUUGAAGGUUCAGGAGGAUUUAAGAUGCCAAAGAUGAAGAUGCCAUCCUUUGGAUUCAAAGGACCCAAACUGGAGGGGCCAGAUGUUGAUGUCAACCUACCUAAAGCUGACAUUAACGUUGAAGGUCCAGAAAUUGACAUAGAAGGCUAUGAUGGUAAAAUCAAAGGACCAAAAUUCAAGAUGCCUUCAAUGUCAGGACCAAAGAUAUCAAUGCCGGAUAUGGAUUUCAACCUGAAAGGUCCAAAGGUAAAGGGAGAUUUUGAUGUGUCAGUCCCGAAGAUCGAGGGAGACCUCAAAGCACCCAAAAUGGACAUUCAAGGUCCAGAUGUUGACAUUGAAGGUUCAGGAGGAUUUAAGAUGCCAAAGAUGAAGAUGCCAUCCUUUGGAUUCAAAGGACCCAAACUGGAGGGGCCAGAUGUUGAUGUCAACCUUCCUAAAGCUGACAUUGAUAUUAAGGGUCCCAAUGUUGACAUCAAAGGUCCAGACCUGGACAUUGAAGGCCGAGAUGGUAAAAUCAAAGGGCCAAAAUUCAAGAUGCCAUCCAUAUCAGGACCAAAUAUCUCAAUGCCUGAUAUGGACUUCAACCUGAAAGGUCCAAAGAUGAAGGGAGAUGUUGAUAUGUCAGGAGACCUCAAAGCACCCAAAGUAGACAUUAAAGGUCCAGAUGUUGACAUUGAAGGUUCAGGAGGAUUUAAGAUGCCAAAGAUGAAGAUGCCAUCCUUUGGAUUCAAAGGACCCAAACUGGAGGGGCCAGAUGUUGAUGUCAACCUACCUAAAGCUGACAUUAACGUUGAAGGUCCAGAAAUUGACAUAGAAGGCUAUGAUGGUAAAAUCAAAGGACCAAAAUUCAAGAUGCCUUCAAUGUCAGGACCAAAGAUAUCAAUGCCGGAUAUGGAUUUCAACCUGAAAGGUCCAAAGGUAAAGGGAGAUUUUGAUGUGUCAGUCCCGAAGAUCGAGGGAGACCUCAAAGCACCCAAAAUGGACAUUCAAGGUCCAGAUGUUGACAUUGAAGGUUCAGGAGGAUUUAAGAUGCCAAAGAUGAAGAUGCCAUCCUUUGGAUUCAAAGGACCCAAACUGGAGGGGCCAGAUGUUGAUGUCAACCUUCCUAAAGCUGACAUUGAUAUUAAGGGUCCCAAUGUUGACAUCAAAGGUCCAGACCUGGACAUUGAAGGCCGAGAUGGUAAAAUCAAAGGGCCAAAAUUCAAGAUGCCAUCCAUAUCAGGACCAAAUAUCUCAAUGCCUGAUAUGGACUUCAACCUGAAAGUUCCAAAGAUGAAGGGAGAUGUUGAUAUGUCAGGAGACCUCAAAGCACCCAAAGUAGACAUUAAAGGUCCAGAUGUUGACAUUGAAGGUUCAGGAGGAUUUAAGAUGCCAAAGAUGAAGAUGCCAUCCUUUGGAUUUAAAGGACCCAAAGUGGAGGGGUCUGAUGUUGAUAUCAACCUUCCUCAAGCUGACAUUGAUAUUAAGGGGCCCAAUGUUGACAUCAAAGGCCCAGAACUGGACAUUGAAGGCCCAGAUGGUAAAAUCAAGGGGCCAAAAUUCAAGAUGCCAUCCAUAUCAGGACCAAAGAUCUCAAUGCCAGAUGUGGACUUCAACCUGAAAGGUCCAAAGAUGAAGGGAGAUGUUGAUAUGUCAGGAGACCUCAAAGCACCCAAAGUAGACAUUAAAGGUCCAGAUGUUGACAUCGAAGGUUCAGGAGGAUUUAAGAUGCCAAAGAUGAAGAUGCCAUCAUUUGGAUUCAAAGGACCUAACCUGGAGGGGCCAGAUGUUGAUAUCAGCCUUCCUAAAGCUGAUAUUAACGUUGAAGGUCCAGAAAUUGACAUUGAAGGGUAUGAUGGUAAAAUCAAAGGGCCAAAAUUCAAGAUGCCGUCAAUGUCAGGACCAAAGAUUUCAAUGCCAGAUAUGGAUUUCAACCUGAAAGGUCCAAAGGCAAAGGGAGAUGUGUCAGUCCCCAAGAUCGAAGGAGACCUCAAAGCACCCAAAAUAGACAUCGAAGGUCCAGAUGUUGACAUUGAAGGUUCAGGAGGAUUUAAGAUGCCAAAGAUGAAAAUGCCUUCCUUUGGAUUCAAAGGACCUAAACUGGAUGGUCCGGAUGUCGAUUUCAACUUACCUAAAGCUGACAUUAACAUUGAAGGACCUGAUUUUGACGUCAAAGGUCCAAACCUAGACAUUGAAGGCGCCGAUGGUAAAAUCAAAGGGCCAAAAUUCAAGAAGCCUUCCGUAUCUGGACCAAAGAUGUCCAUGCCUGAUAUGGACUUCAACCUGCAAGGUCCAAAGGUGAAGGGAGAUUUUGAUAUGUCAGGAGACCUCAAAGAACCCAAAGUAGACAUCGAAGGUCCAGAUGUUGAAGGUUCAGGAGGAUUUAAGAUGCCAAAGAUGAAGAUGCCAUCAUUUGGAUUCAGAGGACCUAAACUGGAGGGUCCAGACGUCGAUCUUAACCUAUCUAAAGCUGAUAUUGACAUCAUGGUACCUAGUGUUGACAUUUCACGUACAGAUCUCGACAUCAGAGGUCCUGAUGCAAAGUUGUCAGGUGGUACCCUUGAUAUGGGAAGUCCCAGUUUCAGUAUUGAAAAACCAGAGAUCAAGUUUCCAAAGUUCAAAGGUCCCACAUUUGGUAUUAAGUCCCCAGAAGUUGAAGGUCCUGAACUGAAUAUUUCUCACAGAAAGAUUGAUGUGAAAGCACCUGAGGUUGACCUUAACCUAGGGGAUGCAAAUAUCAAAGGACCUAAAUUCAAUGCACCAAAGAUCCAUAUGGGAGGAAAGAGCCCCAAAUUAGAUGUUCAUUUGCCAGAGGUUGACAGUAGUCUAGAAGCCCCUGAUGUUGACGUUCAUGUCAAAGGAAAGAAAGGCAAAUUCAAACUACCCAAAAUCAAAGGGAAAACAAAGAAACCUGAUGUUGAUAUUGACCUUGAAACAUCAGGUGUAGAUUUAGAUGUUGACUCUCCUGAGCUUCACCUGAAAGGAACAAAAGUAAAGAAACCCUUCUUUGGAAAACUUCAUUUCCCCGAUGUGGAAUUUGAUGUAAAAUCUCCCAAAGUUAAAGGUGAUGACUCUCUGUCUGGUGGCUUGUCAUCUGGGAGCCUACAAGCCAACAUUGGGGGCCCAGAUGUAAACAUGGAAGUCCCAUAUGUAAAAACUAAGUCUAACAUUAAAUUUCCAGGGAUGAAAAUCAAAGGGCCCCAGGUAAAUGUCCCUGAUGUUGAUGUGAAUGUGAACGGGCAAAAUCUGAAAGGAGAGGCAAGCCUCUCAGGAGGUUUUAAAGGUCCUAAGACAGAUAUUGGAGGAGGAGUAGAAGUAGACUCAAAUGUUUCAGGAUACGUUGGACUACAUUUCCCAGAGGGACAUGUAUCAUUCCCCAAAAUCAGUGUUCCAAAGUACCAUGGACCAGAGAUGGGAGUAGAUGUUGAUGCAGGGUUAGAAGCAGGGGCAGGAGCAGGGUUAGCAGUGGGGGGUGAGAAGGUUGAUGUGCAGACUCCUUCGGUUAGUGGUAGAGUUAGUUCUCCGAGCCUGGAGUUGCACAGCCCAGACGUGAAGAACAGUGGUGGUAAAGUGAAUGUGAAGAUGCCAAGGUUCGGUUUUGGCAAGUCAAAAGCAAAGGGAGGUAGUGCAGCGGAUCUAAGCUUCCAGGGGCCGGAUGCAGAACUGGGAGCCGGUGGUAGUGGCGGCGUUAAGGGCUCCAAAGAGUUGAGUUUAAGUCAUGGAGAGUUAGUAAGUGGCAAGUUGUCAGUAGAGGGAGGAUCUGGGCUUAGUGUGUCCCCUAAGAGCAAGUCAGCCUCACUGGAUCUUUUUAAGAAAUCAAGGCAUCGGUCUUCCUCUGUGGCGAGUGACGAGGGAGAUCUGUCUGUAUCUUCCCCCUCAAGUCACUUAAGUGCUGAGGGUGGCGACAUCUCUGUAGAUGUUGGGGGGGCCAAGGUGAAAGGAAAGAAGAGCAAGUCAAAGUUUGGCACCUUUGGUGGUUUUGGCUCAAAGUCAACGGGCUCAUAUGAAGUGACACUGGGUGAAGAUAGUGAAGAGAGAGUAGAGGGAAGUGGUGGUGUAUCUCUCCCCUCUAAAAAGUCGAGAAUCGCCUCAUCUUCCAGCAGCGACAGUGGGUCUAGAGGUGGUUUCCAUUUCCCAAAACUUGAGUUUUCUAUGUCACCAAAGAAAUGA